CCCAGUGCUUGGUACUUUAAAAUAUUAAAAACAAUGAAACAAAAACACUGAAAGCGGACUUAUAUGUAGAGCCCAAUUUAUAUUAAGGAGAACUUAGAUAAUGUAAAUUUUCUUAAAAUUCAGUUUCACAGCUAAGCAGCAAACAUUUACCCAGUGUAGGCUAUCUAUUAUCAACAAGCUGUUGAAUGCAUGAUGAUGGCAUCACACCCUGCUAACCACCACAUGUCUGUGUCAGUGCUUCUGAUGAGGUAAUCUCAUGGUCAGCGUGUAAUAGAAUCCCCCGACUGAGAGAUGGCCUUCUUCAAGAGCUUCCAGCCGACCCUGCCGUCUGUCAACAUUUCUUCCAUCCUGGACUCUGUCACCAGUCGUGUGGAUGAUCUGGCCAAUGCAGUCAGCGAUGCCACAUAUGCUGUCAGCGACCAGCUCACCGAGCAGGUUACUACGAUCAUCAACAAGGUGCAGGAGGAGGAGGAGGAGGAGGGGGGAAACAGCAGGAGCCAGGAUGCUGCUCAGGCCUCCGGCUCGCAAGAGGGAAGGGCCGGAAAUAAAAGCAUGUGGCAAAUGCAGAGAAACUCAGACGCUGGCCAGACUGGUUCGAGAAACAACCAAAACAGUGACACAACGGAAGGGCAGAACUCCCAGAGUCAACUGGAGUGGGAAUGGAGGGACGGAUGCUGGCGAGUUAAAAAGACGGAGGCCGAGCUGGCAGAAGAAGAGAUGAGGAAGAAGGAGGAAAAGGAGAUGCAGGAAAAACGAGAGCAGAGGAGAAAGGAGAGGAGAGAGAGGCAGCUGGAGAAAGAAGCAGAAACCAAAAGAAACAGAGAGGAAGCCAACGAAGGAGGGAAGGAAGAGGAAGAUGAAACUUCUGAAAAGAUAGAUGACAGAGAAGGACGAGAAAGGAAGACAAAUGAGAGUGAAGAUCCCAUAUUUGCUCAGCAAAAAAGUGAUGACUGUGAUAAAACUUCUUACUUAGCUGAUAGAGAAAUAGAAACAAAGACAUCAAAACAGGAGGAGAAAAAAGACGGAGAAGCCGAAGAGGGGCAGGAGAGAGAAGCAGACAAUGAGGAAGAGGAUGAGCCAUCUAGGUCAUCUUCUAAAGUCAAAAAGAGGAAGUCGGAUAAGAAAAAGGACAAAGAGAGUUCAAAGAAACCUGAGGAAGACUUAGAUGUGGAGAAGAAGAAAGACAGAAGCAAGAAAAGCAAGAAGAAAAAGAAAGGAAACCAAGAUGGAGUUGUAUCAAACAGCGAAGAGGAAAAAAGCCCGGAGGGUGUGACCCAGCAGAACAUAACGUCUGCAUGGAGUAAAGGCAAACAGUCCAGUGAGCAGGGAGGAUACAGCAGUGAGGCCUCCAGCGAACAGGCUGCCAGCAUUCAGAGGAUAAAGAGAGAUUCCUCUUUAACUGAGCUCCAGCCUCCACCGUACCAACACGUGAGCUCGGGGACACGCAAGUCCUCACGCUCAGAACGAGGAGUCCAGAGGCCGCCGUCCCCGCAGCAAUCCGACAGCCCUCGCUGCUCCAGCGAGGCCAGCGUGGAGCAGGACACCGAGAGUUACCUCAACAAAGGCUGUGAGGAGGACAUUCCCAGUGACAGCACUGCUGUCCUGAGCCCAGAGGAUGGUUCUGGUCUCCGGCUUCCUUCGGCCUACGAGCCAGAGCCCAUCGCACAAUACGGCACGCUGGACGUCGCCUUCGAAUACGAUUCUUCUGAGCAGUGGUUGGCCGUCACGGUGACGGCCGCCACCGACAUCCCCGCUCUGAAACAGACGGGCAACAUCGCCUGGCAGGUCCACCUGGUCCUGCUCCCCACCAAGAAGCAGCGGGCCAAAACGGGCGUGCAGAAGGGUCCGUGUCCCGUUUUCACAGAAACAUUCAGGUUUUCCCGGGUGGAACAGGAGGCCCUGGGGGACUACGCGGUUCGCUUCCGCCUGUACAGCAUCCGACGGAUGAAAAAGGAGAAGGUCCUGGGAGAGAAGGUGUUCUACCUGACUAAGCUGAACUUGCAGGGGAAGAUCGCUCUGCCCGUCACCCUGGAGCCUGGCUCUGAACUUACAGGUUGUGGCUCUCUUGUAAGUGUGUCUCGUAGCGCAGGUGCUUUGUCCUACCGCUCCACCGAAGACUCAUCGCUGCCAGAGAUCCUCCUGGGUCUCAUUUAUAACGUUGCCACAGGGCAGCUUUCUGCUGAGGUUAUACAAGGAAGCCACUUCAAAACUGCAGCUUCUGAUAAACCUGUCAACGGUCUGUUUUGUUGUGUGAAACACUUCGUAGGGGGACAGCUGUAUAUCAUGAGAGACACCUACGUUAAAUUGACCAUGCUGGACUCCAAGGGCAAAGAGAUGUCCAAACGCAAGACGGCCGUGUGCCGCGGCCAGCCCAACCCCACCUACAAGGAGACGUUUGUCUUCCAGGUGGCGCUCUUCCAGCUGUCCGAGGUGUCGCUGGUGGUGUCCGUGUUCUGCAGGCGGAGCAGCAUGAGGCCCAGGGAGAGGCUGGGCUGGGUCUCCUUGGGCCACAGCAGCACCACCGAGGAGCAGCAAUCCCACUGGACAGAGAUGAGGGAGGCAGAGGGGCAGCAGGUUUGCCACUGGCACACUCUGACCGACACCUAGGAGACGCUUUAUGAGGAUUUAUGAGCAACCGUAAAGAGCAUCCAAAGCUCUGGAAGAGCAGAAAACACCUUCUGCGUACGAGUGUCCUUGUGUGCGGUGCAUUCAGGUGUGAGGGUGGAAGAAGCUUCCCGGUCCUCACUGCCAGACUGCAUGGCUGCCCUGUAACCUGCCACAGGGCUGACUACACGGGGAAGGAUUCACACCAACGACUCCAGCCUUUUGAACGACACACUGUUUAAAAAAAAAAAUCAACUGACACUGUAAUUCAUAAGUAAAAACAAUUUGUUUUAUAUUAAGAAAUUAUUUUCACAGCAAAAUGCGCAUGCACACCAAGUGUUUACAGGACCAACAUGACACAACACGUCCAGACGGCUUCAGCCUUUGAAUUUCGGACCACAGAGUUUGGUGCCGGACCGGCAAGACUCCUUCCAAUUUUUUUUCUGGGCUUCAGCUAUCACCAGCAUACCAGACAUUUCUCCAGCACUGACAAAAGAGGAUGCAAAGAGUGGACUGUUACAAGAGUCCUGCAACAUGCUGCAACUUAUGCUUACGAGCUGUUCUUUUUACGAUAUGUUUACAUGCACACGGCAUUAUGCAAGAUAAAUUAGUUGGUUUGCUCCGGGAUUUUUUUAAAAAUGAUUUUUGGAGAAUUAUCUUUCAUAAAUUUUAUAUUUUAAAAAAAAAUCAUUUGCAUAACUCUGAAACACUAUGCAUAUGAUGCAGGAAGGGUGCACUUCUUCCCUGUGCUUGCCGAGUCUCUUACGGGAUUGGACACAGCUCUGCAUGCCGUCUGCACUGAAGGACAGCUUCCCUUCCUGUGUAACGCAGACUUGAGCCCGUUUCACCGUUCAGCCUUCUGACAGCUCUGCCAUGUUCGUUCAUGUAGAAACACGGCGCAUCACGCCGGGCCGAGGAGGAGUAUGCAAAAGACCGCACAGUCCCAAUAAACUGCGAGGGCAGCACCGAUGGCAACCUCAGCUGUGCUUCCUGGGCUGGAGCGAGGAAUAAAGAAAAAGCAGAGUUAAAGACAGAAGAAUCAUAUUACUCCCCCCCCCCCCCCAUACCACUGUAAUUGAAAAUGUGACGUUUCAUAAAGGCUGAAGAAAUAUUUGGCAGGAGCAGUAUAAGGUUCUACCUGUAUGUUAAAAUGCUGAUCUGUGAGAGCAGCUGUGAGUCGGGGGUGGGGGGUGGGGGGGGGGGGGGGGGAAAGAAAAUCUCUCCCCUGAGGACAAAUGAAAACUCCAGAGUCACACCCAUCCCUCCACCAGCUGGCUCGGCUCCAGAGGCGUGGGCUGCCCGCUCGGCUCUCGUUCUGUCGAAGCGUGCUGCGGUCACACCUCAUCAGUGGUAUUCAUUUCAAAUUAACGAAGAACACAUCCAGAGUUUCUAACAGUUAAUUUUUUUUUUCUUUUAUUAAGAGAUUGAGUGUAAAAAUGAAAUCAUUCCACUGUUUUUUUUUUUCCUUCUUCUUCUUUUGGCAUCUUCAGUAGAUUAGAAAACAUGUUUCAAAGUCCAUGGCGCAUGGAGAUUGUCAAAUCUGGACUGGAUUAUUCCAUAUUAAACUUGAGUUCUUUUAUUAAUAGUUUGAUAUUUUUUGUUGAUAAAAUUUCCCCCCAAAAAUUGAAGUGUCAGGGCUUUGUUUGGUAUCUAAACUAACACUCGCAUCCAGUUUAAAGGGUGAGCAUUUUUAAGGUUGUGUCAGUGACUAAAAAAUGAAAACAAUGAAGAGUUUGGAGAAAAACUUAUGUUUUGGAGUUGCUAAUGUGUUUUCAAUGCGAAGUUACUUUAUUCCAUACUGGACCAGACACGGAAAAUUGAGUAAAACCUUCAGUGCCUUAGUAGGAACUAGGACGAAGGGAAAAAUUUCCGGCUGAAGCUUUUUGCAAUUUUGAUGAAAUGUUUUCAGUAAAUUUUGCUCAUUGAAAUAGAUAUACUGUGUUGCAAAAGUGUUUGUACCCAAAUUGUCAGUUUGUAUCAAAUUUUAAUUUAUUUAUUUUAGGUUUCGUAUGAUAGACCAAAACAAUGAGGUGCAAACUUGUGGAGACAAAAACGAUAAAUGGUUUCCAACGGGGUUUUUUUUUUACAAAAGAAGAAAAAAAAAAAAAAGUGAUUUGCGUUUGUACUCAACCACAUGUACUCUGACACCCAUGAAUAAAAUCCAGGAAUCUCCUAAUUGGUAAAUAGUCCAGCUGUUCAGAGGGUUUGCUACAGAAAUUAUUCAAACAGAAUCAUGAAAACCAAGAAAAACACUGGGCAGAUAAAGACUUUUAAUGCCCAAUGUGAAGAGCCGUGGUGGCAGCAUCAUGGUGUGGGAGCGCUGUUCCUCCGGAGUGGCAGGAAAGCCGGUCAGAACUGAUGGGAAGGUAAAUACAGAGCGAUUGUGGAAGAAAACCUGUUAAUGGAGGCAAAGAUCUGGAACUGUAGAGAGGAUUCCCAUUCCAGCAGGACAACAACUCUGGACAGAUGGCCAAAGUUACAAAUGAAUGAACAUGCUGUGACCCGAGACAAAGUACUGACCUAAACCUAAUUGAGAAUCUGUGCCACAGCUUGAAAACUGCUCCGCAAAAAUGUUAUACAAAGUAUGGAUUCAGAGGGAGCUGAAAACAUAUGGACGACAAAACUUCCAGAUUUAUUUCUUGUAAAAACGUUGAAAACCCGAGAAUCAUUUUACAUUCACAGCCAUAUGCUGCUUUGUGUCGGUCUGUUUCAGAAAAAAAAGAAAAAAAGAUGUUCUGUUUGUGGCUAUCAGGUGACAAAAUGUACUAAAAUUCAAGAGGUAGGAAUCCCUUUGCCAGAGUCAAAAGACGUCAGUAGACAUAAAAAUGAGGACAUGAGUCAAGAACAUUUUUUAUUAGACAAGUUUUUAUUCCCAUUCAUCUGGCCUUUGAAUGGCAUGUCUGAUGCUGUCAUCAGUCUGACAGCACAAGCAGCGGUGCAGGUGGCUGGAGCCAGACCAAGGAGUGCAUAUUUUCAUCAAUAUUUACACCUUGCAGGGUGACUGCAGCCUUUUAGAUUGAUUCUGCUUCAAGCCACAGAAAACUAGUUGUGCCACUGACGCUUGAAGAGGGGGGAAAAAAAACGGAGGGAGAAAUGCUGACCCAAACUGAGCACAUAGGACUUGGUCAGAGUCGAAAGAUAAUUACAAAUAUCCUGGAACAAGGGCCAGGCUGCUUGUAAUAGCAGGGGAAUAAGGAAAUGCAUUUUUUGGUCGUUUUACAACACGCCUAAUAAAAACCGACUCCAAUAUAUUAUAUUCCAUAUAUUUGGCCCUCGAGUCAGAGGCAUCACAAGGCUUUCAUUGGCAGCAACAUUAAUGGGAUGUCUCUUUUAGGUUGGGAUCUGAGUGAUCAGGAACAAGCAACCACAACAUUAUGGUUUUAUUGUAUGUCUUAUCAAGUUUAAAAACAGCCUUUUUAAUAACAUCAUUAAUAAAUAUACACAAUGUUGUGAAAGUUCCAUAAAAGCAUCCUCACAGAGUACAAAUGCUGGGAAAGAACACCAAUUUGAGCUUCUAUUUUCUUUUCUUUUUUGCUCCUCCGAGUUUUAUAUUAAGAUUACAGAAAAUUAACUGACA